AUAGGCUAAAUUCAACAUGUCAAACCUGUAAAAUUUCAAGAGUUUCAAGGUUAUAAAUUACAAGUUUGAAGUAGGACGAUCCUAAAUUUCAAAUAACCAUUUGCACAAUGCAUAACGUAUUCCGGCUUGUUGCAAGAACAAGGAUGGGCUCUGUGCCCAGUAUGUUUCCUGCCCUCACAAAGCCUCUACAAGUGAUGGGGUCACCUCCGCCGUCAGCUGUGUUAAAACUGCAAGUGAGCAGACUAAGUUGCGGCAGAAGUCUUGCAGCUAAGGCAAGAAAAGAUAACGGAGAGAGGAGGCAAUGCAGCGCUGUUAAAGGGAAAAGUUCAGAAAAGGCAAACAAAAGACAAUGUUCUAGUGUAAAAGGGAAAAAGGGACAAAGCAAGGAAAGAGGCGCUCAGUGUUCGGAAGUCAAAAACAAUAAAGGAGAAGGAAAACAGCUUAAAAAUAUUAAAGGAAAAAGAGGAGCAAGUAAAGAAAGGGGAGAUCAGUGUACGGAAAUAAAAGGCAAACGAGACAAAAGUUAUGGAAAGCAACAGUGUGGUGAGGUAAAAGGAAAGAAGAAAAAUAGUAUGAAGGGAGCACAGUUCACUGAAGUCAAAGGCAAAUGUAAGGAUACAGAUGCCAAGAUUUCCUCCAACGACUGUUCAUGCAGCUUAUUUGAUGCUGCUAAAAACUCAGCAAAAGCCACAACAGUUGUUUGUGAAGGAGAUAAAAAUACAUACAGUUUUGGUGAAAAAGUUCAAACAUGUUCAAGCUCAAGCUCCUCCGAGGCAGACAGUGAAUGUUCUGAAGGAGAGGAGAAAAAUGAGUGCAAAACAGAGGCAGAAGAGGACUCGGAGCUUGAUGAAGUCCCCAAGAAAGAAUGUGUUGAUGAACCCAUUGACCAAGAGCAAGAAGAAAGGAACAGGAAGGCUGUAACAGAAAUGUGCUCUUGUAUACAGUCAGCCCUUGCAAAUACCAAAACAGGGCCGAAAAAAGACACCUCCACUUUAAAACAUACUAAAAACCACAAAUCAAUUUGCGGGUCUUCUAAAAAGGAAGAUGCUAAACCAAAAGUGAGUGAACAUGUUACAUGCUGUAAUGUUGAGACCUCAAAAACAGCAUCGUUGAGCUCCAACAAUAAAUGUAAAGUUGACAAAGAAGAAGAGGAGUGUUCAAAACACGAGGAUGUUGAUGUAAUAAAACAAGACGAGAAAAUUAAAUCAAAAAACGACCCGUGUGAAUGUAUUAAAAAAGCAGUUGAUGACUGCAAGAAAGGCAACAUAAUCAAGACAAAGAGUGAUACAAAAAAACAUGAAAAAUUGGAAAAGAAAAACAGUGAGCCAAAAAAAUUAGAAAAUGAAUUUAAAACUCAUUCAAAGUCGUGCCCGAGCUCAACCAAGUCCUCUAAAGAGGAAACCAGUGGUGAGGAAAAGCCUUCUCAAUGUGGCUCGAUGAAAAAUGGAAAGAAACAGCCACCGUUUUGUUGAAGUUGGUACCAAAUAGGAGUUUGCAAUGAAAUACAAUUGAAAUAAAUACUUUUUUAAUA